GUGCGCCCGCCGCUUGGGCCGUGGGCAGAGGACCCGAGCUGGGCCUCGCCGCCUCCUGCUCUCGAGUUCCCGGCCGGGAGCGCGCGGCGGAGCCGAGGCGUCUGUGCGGCGCCGCCAUGGGGAAGCGGGAUAACCGGGUGUACUGGUCCACAUAAAGCAUGACAACUUACUAUUUACUUAUUGCUGCUGUUUACUCAGUUAGCUCAAGUGGCAGAAGAUCUAAAGGGUCCAACCCUGCUGGUGAACCAUGCUUAUAUGAAUCCUAUAGCCAUGGCCAGAUCACGAGGUCCUUCCCAAUCUGCAGGGCCAACAAUACAGGACUACCUGAACAGACCAAGGCCUACAUGGGAAGAAGUGAAAGAACAACUAGAAAAGAAAAAGAAAGGAUCAAGGGCAUUGGCUGAGUUUGAAGAAAAGAUGAAUGAGAAUUGGAAGAAAGAACUAGAAAAACACAGGAAGAAAUUAUUAGGUGGAAAUGAGAGUUCCUCCAAAAAGAAUGAGAAAAAGAAAAAGGAAAAGAAGAAAUCAAAUAGGUUGUCUUCAUCUUCCUCUUCUUCAUCAAGCUCUGAUUCUUCCAGGAGUUCAUCUGAUUCUGAUGAUGAGGAUAAGAAACAAGGGAAAAAACGGAGAAAAAAGAAGUAUCGCUCCUUGCGGAAAUCUUCUGAAAGCUCUACUUCUGAUUCUGAAUCAGACAGCAAGGACAGCACAAAAAAGAAAAAAUCAAAGGAAGAACAUGAAAGAGAAAAGGACAACAAAAGUCUUAGUAGAAAAAGGAAGAAAAUUGAUCGUGGGAAUGGACCUUUAUCAUCUGAAUCGCUAUCAGAGUCAGAUCCUACAGAGGAGGUACAAGUGAAAAAGAAAAAAAACAGUGAAGAAAGAGAGAAAGUAACAGAUAAAACAAAAAAGAGAAAGAAGCACAAGAAACACGGUAAAAAGAAGAAAAAGAAGACGGCUGGUUCAAGUUCAGAUUCAGAAUAACACUUAAAAAUCAAGCGUGUCCCUUCAACAAAAGUGCAAUGACUAAAGGAAACUUCAACUGUGAAAAUUAUCGCAAACUUUACCACACUGCAUGAGUUUUCCAGUGUUUUAGAAAUAUUACUAGACUUUCAAUAGCCAGCCAGGUGCUACUAUGCCCAAAAGUCCAUUGUUGUUGCCUGCUGCUUAAUACCUGGGGUACAAAAUUCUUUUAAUUACAGUAGCCAGUGUUAGUUUAAAAUCAUAAGAGAGGGUGGUCCAGCUAAUAUGUAAAAUAUUAGGAAAUAGAAUGCAACCUUUUAGAUACUAAAAAUAGUGUUUUAACAAGUUAGUAAUAUAGUCUAAUUUUUAAAUCUGCGGAAAUAAAAUAAAAAAUUCAUCUUGAGGAAUAUAACAUAAGACUAUUGAUACUUGGUGACUACUAAUGCCAUUUGUGAAAUGGCAAUAGAAUAGUAACAAUUUUAAAGGUUACUUUUGUAGAAGUAUUUAUGAUAAUUUUGCCCUUUGUUUUCUUUUGGGAGUGUCACCAUUUUGGCUAGCUGAAUUAGGGUGCCUUUGAUCCUUGCAAAAUCUAUCUAUUUUUAACAGUACAACAGCUAUAUUUCCUAGGGAGAUCAGAACUGGUAUCAGCAGGUUUUUCCUGAAUAAACAAUUCUGGGCCCCUAGCAUGUACUUCUGCAUUAAGUAAGAGCAGUGACACACUGCAGCAUAACUUGACAUCCAAAAAUUAAAGACUUUACCUCCACUUAAUUGAAAUGAUGCUGAAUACUGUGCUAUUAAUAUGCAUUAUAUCAUUUAAAGUAAUUUUGAGUUUAACUGAACAUUUCUGGCAAACACUGGUAGCUUUUUUUCCUUUUGCAUUGCCAUUGAGAUAUUUAGAAUUAUUUUGUAUGUUUUGUACCAUUUUUAAAUAACGUACAGGUAUUCAGUUGUAACUAGUGAUUUUUUUUAUGAAUUAUGUUCCAGGUGUGGAGCUUCAUGUAUGUAUUUACUUUAUUCUUACAGUAAAUUCAUUUGCUGUGAUAAAAUGCACACUUGCUGAAAAUAUUUAGCAUGUAAAAAGCAGGGUUUUGAUAACUAACAGCUUCAUAUUGAAGCUGAUUUUACUCUAAGCAAGUUCAGUGGCAGACCUGUUAUGCGGAUGUGUCUUGUUAUAUAAAACUACUGCCAGAAUCUCAGUAAAGAUACUCUUUAAAAA